AUGCAUCAAGUGGUAAAUAUAAAAAUUUCGACGCGAGUAAUAAGACCUACUCCAUUACGUGAAGCUCUCAUGAAACUUCUCAAGCUGAAACAGCCUGUUGAGAACUAUAUUUCUGAAUCAAUUAUAACGGGUUGUGAAGUUUUUGGCCAACAAAAACUGUUGAUAGAAAAAAAGUCGAGUAAAUCAGUUAUUCGUGUAAUUCAAACUGGUCAUAUACGUCAUUUAGUGUUGAAUACAAAAGGUACCAAUUUAAUACAAUCAUCAAUGAAUAUGUCUAAUACAUUUGACCCAGUUGAUGAAUACUCAUCACUGUUCUUUACAUGUCUGAUAUGGAAUGAUGAACCCAAAGCAAUAUUAAUACUUGGACUUGGCGCCGGUAUUGUACCACGAUUAUUUCGUAAAUAUUAUCCCAUGAUACAAAUUGACAUUGCUGAAAUUGAUUCGAAUAUGUAUGAGAUGGCAAAAAAAUAUUUUCAUUUUAAAAUUGACUCUAAAAUGAAUGUAUUUAUAACAGACGCAAGAAAAUACGUUAAUUCUAUAAACGUUAAUUAUGAUAUUAUAUUUUUGGACGCUUUUAAUGAAAAUGAUGAAGGUACUCCGUUUCAUUUGAGAACUAUAGAAUUUUUAUUUAAAUUAAAAACAAUUUUAAAUAAUAAGACAGGUGUAUUAGUAACAAAUUUACAUGGAAGUCAUAAAUAUUAUAGUAAUAGUCGUCAAACAUAUUCAUAUGUUUAUAAAUAUAAUUAUGCUUUCAAAGGUCAAAGAAACAUGAAUGUUAUGCUUGUAUCGGGUGAUGAGAGUCUAGUUCCUUAUACAUACCAGGAGAUGAUUAAUAGAGCAUCUCAACUUCAAAACAAACAACAAUUUAUAUUCAAUUUAACUAGUGAGAAAACAAGACCGGCAACACUAGCGUACUGCCAGCUACUACAUGCCAAAGGCGAAAAACAAGAAGAAGUGAACGUAGGUAUCGCCGAUAGUAGCAGUGGAUGA